UCCGUUUGCCCAGUGUGAGUUUAUAGCGGCAUACAGAACAGCUGACAAACUCACUUAUUUCACACAGAGCCAAACAUGAAAAUCAGCACAAAAUAAACAGCACGCUAAUACACUGUCAACACAGAGAAAUGCACACUGUCCCAGUUGAACAAUACACAGACAGUUCAGUUGACACAUAAACAUAGAUACCUUUGUGUAUACUGUCAAAGUUCGCUUCGUACAUUUUUGUUAUUUUUUUUUGGCACACAAACCAUUUUUGAUGUGAGUUUUCGAUACAAAAACAGUUUUUUUUUUUUCAUUCAGAAAUCGAAGAAAAAGUUAGUUUUUUCAGGAAAAGUAAAUAUUAUUUGUUGGAAUAAUCGAAUUUUUGUCGAAAAUCCAACGAAAAUGUCGAUUACGCCUGAAGUUAAGAAAAAAAUCGUUCUGAGUAUUCUGAACGUGUUUGCUAAAACUGGUGCAUUCCUGAAGCAAAUAAAUGUUGAAUAUCAAAAAGAGACAGGUGAAAAACUCGCACCUACCAAAAACGACGCAGAAGAAUAUAUGAAGACCCUUGAAGACGUAACUUUGGAGUCGGAUCGGUAUUAUUCGAAUUCCGAAAAGUCAAAGCACAUAAAAAAAUUUGUAGAGGAGCAAAGAGUGAUCCAUUCACCAAACUAUAAAGGACAAAAGAUGGUGCCGAAUUUCAACAAUUCAAGGCAAAACCACAUUGACACACAAUUCAACAAGUCAUUUCCCAAGCGUCAGCCUGUUUCAUAUGGCAGCGAUUAUGUCGAUGUGAAUAUCCCAUCGGGCAGUGGUAUUCCAUCGCGCAGUGGUAUUCAAGCUGGAAAAAUCAAAAGUCGACGAAAGACUUGCGGUGCUUUAGCAAAUCACAAUGUUCGUCACUUUUCACCGCCGAGAGAGGAUAGGAGAAAUCGUUGUACAACGCCAGACAGAGACAGAGACAGAACAAUGAAAUCGAACAGAAGUCGUAGCCGGUCACCACUAAGACAAUUGCAAAGAAGAUCGCCAAUAAGGUAUACUGAACGCAUUCGUUCAUGGUCACGCAGCCCGCCAAGAAGUCGAGCCAUUUCUCCACGACGUGCCAUUCCAUCGCGUUACUCGCCACCACGACGCCGUGGUAGCCGGUCACCAGGUAGAGAUAAACGUUCAAAAAGCCCGAGAAACAAGCGUUCGGCCAGCCCAACAGAUGGGCAUCCAACCGCAAAAAGAGCCAGUCGUUCACGGUUUAGUCGAUCGCCGGUUGAGGCAUCUGAGGCAAAUUCACGUUCAAACGUGCCAAGUGACGCCGAGAAAACUGAUAAAUAUACGAAGCCCGUCGAAACACGGCCCCUUCCCAUCCAAACAAACGACACACAACCGGAGGCCAAAGCGAAAAAGUUCAAAUUCACAAUCAUCGGCGAUGGUUAUAUGUAUUACAUGCUCUCCGAUAUGCAAUCUGAUGUCAAAUUCAAUCUAUCUAUGUGUAAUCAUACACUAACAUUUGCCGAUGCACUGAGAAUGGUUGAAGUACAACAGCAGACACUGCAGAAGAAAAAGCGAAAAGUGAUGAUUGCCAUUGGUGUCACGGAUUUGCGUAAUGGGCGAACAUUGUACGAAAUGAAACGUGAUUUUACGGCAUUGUUCUUGCGUUGCGAUCAAUUUGGUUUGAAGCCGUUGAUCACAACCAUUCUAUGCUUUGAUACGCUCGAACUCAAAGCCAAAGCCGAUUAUUUCAAUCGCUUUUUGAUGGAAUGCUUCGAAAAUGUGAUUGACAUGCGUUGUGUGCUACGAAGCGGUUUGGCUGAUGUGAUGACUGCAUUGAACGAGAAAAACAAAAUGGAAGAGAAUCGAAAUAGUUUGGGUUUUGGAACACGACAGCAGCUCAUACUCAACGUUCCAAGAAAAUGAAAUGCCGAAUUUCUUUUUGAUUAGAUUGAAGGCGGAAGAAUCAUUCACAAAUUCCGAGGUAGUUUAAUUUCCGGAUUCGUUGACUAACCUAAUCCGUGAUAGAAAUGGCACGUACUGAAUACGUGUUGGAUCUCAUAUCUUACCACCAGAUAUCGAUAAAUGAUCAUACUGAAAAUGAUUGAAAGAAGUUAAAAAAAAUUUGAAACCAACAGCAUUGUAUUCCAAUAGCUUCAAGAAAUAAAAUUUGCCUAUACACUUAUUACCAAGAGUUCAAAUUAAAAUAAAUGCAGGAAAUAUUUCAAUCGCUAUAAUAAA